GCAUCAUGCCGUUCAUCGACCUCCAGGGGAAGUUGGGCAUCAACAUGGACAAAUGGAUGUUGAUCCAGGGUGGAGAGCAACCAUACAAACGGGCGCCGCGCUGCCACGCCUUUGAGAAGGAGUGGAUCGAGUGUGCAGAUGGCAUUGGUCAGACCCGUGCCAAGAAGGAGUGCAAGCUCGAGUUUGAGGACUUCUAUGAGUGCAUGCACAGAGAGAAGACGGUGAGUGUAGGAUAUCUGAGCUGAAGAGUGUGUGUGUGAACUGUGAAGAUAGAUUGUGUGUGGGUUUCAUGUCCUUUCCCAAUAAACACUUAUGAUUUCAUCAACCAAGACCUGUUGAAGAGUUGUCAGUUGAUGUCCAUGUCUUUGAUAAAAUAACUGCUUGUCAUCCUACCUGGGUGUCCAUCCUAGGGAUGUGACAAAUAGAAACAUGUUCUUAAAGUUUAAAUAAACAUAUUUUUUUAUUGGUUUUCCAAUUCAUACAAUUCCACGUGAAUUCACAAUGCAGCUGCACUGCUGCCAGCAACGGUCUAGGUCUCACGGUGCGUCCCUUUCAGAAGGUUAAGCAUUGCACCUGUACUACCAUUACUGUACCUCAAUUCCACCUUGUAAAGUUUGCAUUUCCUUCUCAUUUAACUUCUCAAAGUAUUGCCAUACAGGACUUUGCUGCUGUUGCUUGCCUUUCUCUGCCAUUUUUCCAACUGUUAACGACGAUGACAUAGUAGUGUAGAGUCGACUCCAAAAUAAUUGAUUCCUUGCACGUCGACUCCCGGUGUCGACUCCUAUUUCUGAGUGUCAAGAUUCGUAGCGGAAUCGACUCCUAAGAUUCAGUAUUUUUGGAGGAGACUGAUUAGUUGCCGUACUUCCGAGAACACAAACACUCGCAUCUUUCAUAGCGAGCUAGCAAGAGAAUGGCGGAGAGAGAGGGAAGGGCACAGUAUAGGCAGGUCGGCCACCAGGCAGACAGUCAGAACCGUGCACUAGGCCCAUCUAUCGGUAAUCAAAAGCUGUAUCUCGCAAUUCUUGGCUUGCAAUGUCUCGCAUCUUCAGUAAAGCAGGGCAAGUCAUCAAUGAAUAGCCUAGGAUGUUGAGAUGAACAAGAUGCAACACUUCUCACACCGUAUCUGCACAUGUACAUCGCUUCGCGCUGUUCACAUCGUGGUAGCCAGGGCACCAAAACAGCAGAGAAGUUGAGCCUUGCUCUUCAACGCUCUUAUUGUUGCGGAAAUUGACCCACUAUGCUGUUUACUUUCUGCAUCUACGUUUAAAAAAACGUAGUCUUUCGGUAAGGGAUUUUUCUUAACGUUAAGGAUCCCAAUUUCCUUUAAACCUUUGAUGUUUAAACAUUCACACCCCUAGUCCAUCCUGUCCAGCUCUACCUUUUUCUGUUGACUUCAUGAAUAGUUGGAGAAGGAGAAAGCUUUGAUGUUGAUUACCAAAUUAUGAGCAAAUUAUUGUUGUCAAGACUUAUAGGAAAUGCUUUUGUUGUUUGACUGUUUUUGUUGUUAAAAAUACAUUGAGUUGAUCAAUGAAGAUAAUUGUGAUUUUGAUCAGCAAUGAGCUGAAAAAACACACAAAUACCUCUAAGAAGUUUUGAGCUUGCGCCCCCCCCAAAAAAAGUUUGACAGCCUCUCUCAAUACUCCCUCUGAAUGUGCAGUAAGUGUCUGACGUGGAUAUCUCUCUCUCUCUCUUUCUGUGUCUGUAGCACAAGAGGCUAUAUGAGAUCCGUAAGCAGCGGGACAAGAUGGUGAAGGAGGGCAGCUACCAGACCCCAGCUCACCACACUGGCGCUCAGGCUGAUGACAGGCCUUGACCCCAUUUGACCUUGUUGACCACAAGGUGUGUCCCCAACUUGUGUAUAAUAAUUUUUAUUCAGAUAUCACUUUAUUGUUCGUGUCUACCCCUGUACAAGUUUGCAAAUAAAUAUUAUUGACUGUGAAUGUUGUAUA